UGAUCCUCUGGGAAUGUAGGAACCGCUGUUUGGGUCCACCUCCGCGGGGGCAGGCGGUUUCUUCCCUAGGGGAGUUCACCCGAGCCAACUGAGUCACGCCCGAGCGGAUUUUCCGCGGUUGCAGCCAAGGGGUGGGGCAAGGGGCGGGAGCCCCAAGGCCGGGAGCCCAGCUGGCUUUCUAUAAGUGGGACCGCAGGGAGCUGACCUGGUCACAUACGGCUGGAGCAGAGGCAGAGAGCCUCUCAUCUCUCGCUCCCCAGACUGGAACAAGACGCGCAGACACAGGCUGAGCUGAAAUGAUGAAGAUGAUGACUUUUUUCCAGACAUCUGUAGGUGACCACCAGACAAACCCCUCUAUGCCACCUCAAUACGAGCCUGAACUCAGCCCUACUGGCAGAAAGCCCCGGGCAGUGUCAGAGACAGAGUCUGAUACGGCCUCCCUGGCCUCCUCUGAGGAUCUCUCUCCCCAUAUGGAGAGGGUCUCAACCCAAGACAAGGAUGAGAAGAAGAAGAAGAAAAAGAAGAAAGGAAUCAUAAAGAUGUUUGAUGUGUUGACCAGAGGGAUGAGAAAGAAGAGUCAUUCAGGCCCCACCGCUGAAGUGCCAGAGACAGUGGUUAAGCCUGAUGCCCCUCCCCCUACAGUGGAGGAGCUCUACUCAGCACUAAAACAGGAGCGGCUGGAGAUGGCGCCUCACCUACUGAUGUUGGAGCGAGCGUUGGUACAGGACACAACUGGGAUGAAUGAGGAGGAUCUGAUCUGCCAGCAAAGCAAGGUGGAGGCCCUCUAUACACUGCUGUGGUCAGCCGUGCUGCGUGUGGUUCGCCGGCCUCUGGAGAAUGAGCCUGAGCUGCUGCUCCAGGCCCUGAAUGUCAUCCUGGAGCAGGAGCAGGAGGACCAAAGAGUGGCAGCCGAGGAGAGGGGCCCCUCGGUCCUGGCGACCACCCGGCCCCGGCACUGGCUCAAGCGGUGGCAAGAAAAUGUGAAAGACUCAGUGGAGGAGCGGAUGACUAGGCCCCCCUCCGCAAUCCUGGAUGGACCCAGGCCAGAAGGCAUGGAGGCCAGCUCAGAGGCUGCCCAGAGCUUCCUGUACAUGGGCAAGACAAUGAAGGAAGACCUUCUGGCUGUGGCCCAGCGCCUCCAGCCCCUCUACCCAGCUGAGUUCAAUGUGUUCUGCACCUAUGCCACGUGCUAUCAUAACUACUUCUCAAGCCAACUCACCGCCAUGACUCAGUUUGAGCUUAAUGAUCAAGACACCUCCCUCCUGCUUCUCUGGGUGAAGAACCUCUACCCAAAUGACAUCAUCAAUCAUCCCAAGCUAUCAGAGGAGCUUCAAGCAGCUGGCUUGGGGAGCCUCCUGCCACCCAAAAAGACCCGAAAACUGGAAGUCGACUACAUAUCUAAUGAGACGGCAAACGUCCAGGAACUGAUGAUGCGAGGGCUGGCGCUAGAAGUAGAGAGAUGGUCAGAGGACGAGGAGCCCAUGAAUCUAGAAGGGUACUUCCACAGUGAGCUCCCAAUUGACAUCAUACAGAUUAUCUCCGCGGCACAAGUCAAGGCUGACACAAGGGCCCUGGGUGAACAAAUGAAACCACUGCUGAUGGCUAAAUUCUCCUCCUUCCUGAAAAGCUACCAACAAGCCUUUGCAGACUUCACGGAGAAAAGCAAACCGAAGCAUUACAGAGCCACCAUCAUGGCCAACAUCAACAACUGCCUGACUUUCAGGACCUACACUGACAAGGAGUCAAAGGCUAUGGAGAAAGAUCUCUCCAGCUACAUCUUCCACCCCCUGCGUGAAAUCGAGCAAAGUGGUUUCAACAUUCUUCUCCAAAACCUAUUCCUGGCACUAAAGUCUCUGUUCAAGAGGCUGACGCAGACCCGUUGGGCCACCCACGAGGAAACUGUGGCAGAAAUCAUUAAGAUCACCAGUGACUGUCUGCCAGAAUUCAAGGCCCUAAGAAAACGGUACCAAGAGGACAUCAUGGAAGCUAUCCACCUAUACUUGGUGAAGGAAUACAUCAUCCGGCUCAGUAAAAGGCGGCUAGUGCUGAGGACUGCUGACCUUCAGCUAAACCUGGCCGACCAGAUCUCAGCAGAUGCCAAAAACAUCCAGUGCUUCUGUGCCCAGAAUGGAUCUCCUGCAGCCUGGUUAGAACCAGCCCUCCCUACGCUGGCAGAAAUCAUUCGUCUCCAGGAUACUAGUGCCAUCAAGAUUGAGGUGGCGACAUUUGCUAGUAGGUUCCCUGACUUCAGCAAAGGACAUUUGGGAGCCAUCCUUACCAUCAAGGGAAACCUGAGCAACAGUGAAAUCAAAAGCAUAAAAAGCAUCUUGGACGUUAGCACUUUGUUGACAGAUUCCUCCAGGUCCUUAUUUUCACUCAUAAAGGUUGGUUAGCUUUUUGACACGGCCUGAACUGGCCUGGCCCUCUUGCUGCACCCGUGGCUCUGACAACUCCACCCAGUCUCUUGCAUGCUUAUGGUCCCCUUCUCCCACCCCUGCCUCAUGGUACAGCAGACUCUCAAGCAGAAGUUGGCUGGUGGCCCAGAAGAUGGUCAUGUGCCUGAAGGUUACAGAGACGGAGGCUCCCCGGGGUGUCUGCCCCCCCAGGCCUCCCAGGGAAAAACCCACGGCCUGAUAUCCAAAACCCAAAAGAGAGCGUUUCAGACCAUGCCCUUGGAAUCGAGUCAGUCGCGACAGGGCAGGAGCCCAGGAGAGACUGGGAUUCACUUCACCUCUCAAGAUCUCAAUCUCUCCUUCUGUUAAAUGAGGAGGCUAGACUAGAUGAUCUCCAAGGUACCUUUCAGGCCUGAUCUUCUCUGGCUCUAAGUCACUUCACAUGUCUGGUCCUCGAUUAAGAUCUGUCCCAGCUCUGAUAUUCUGUGUUCUGUAACUCUAAGACUCACUAUGUUCUGUUCCACCUCUGGCGUUCAUUAAAUUUUAUGAUCUUGUGAGGCUAAGACCAAGACAGGAGAGAUGGCUUCAUCAAAUUUCACAACCAGAAGAUGUCUGAGCUAAGACUAGACUCCAGGUCUCUUGCCUUCCAGCCUUGGGCUUUCUCCCCUGCUCUCCACAGUCAGAUCAUUGAAGUCCAAAGUCAGGUAGGAAAGCUCGCAGGGGAAAGCUGCCCCUCUUCUACCCUGGCUGCUGCCCUUCCUGCCAGCCCCUCUUGUCUAAGGGCUCUCUCUGCUCCCCUGCUCCUCUCUCCAGGACCCUCCUCAUUCCCAUGGAAUGGUCCACAGCAGGUUUGGCAUGGACCAGGGCUGGACCAAGACCCUCUUGAGCCUGACUCUGACCUCCCGCCCCCUGGGAGCAGCCUGCUGAGUGGGGUCAGCAGGAUUGGAAAUGGAAACCCUUCCUACGCUGGGGGACCAUGUCUGAGGAGCUCUUAGUGGAAAGGUCCAGUCUUUUCUUCCGGACCUCUACCUGAACCUCUUGGAGACCAUAUAUGUGUUCUCACUCCCUCUUAGAGGAAGCCUUCUAGAGCUGUGCUUUCUGGUACCUUCACAGACACGAAUGUAUACACGCUUGGACUGUAAUUAUCCCUUCUCUAUCCCUCCAGGAAGCCAGAAGGGUUGGCUCUGAAAAGUGUCUCUAGACUAGCUCUCAGGACUCUCUUUCCCUUUCCACUGAAAUCUCUUAGUGACCAGUAUUGCCAUGUGUGGGGCAUGGGCCCAGGGUUGCUCUGUCUGCCUUUUGGGUCUGGGGUCUCAGGCUAAUGUAAAUUGUGUAUAUUGUAGAGAACUUUUUAUCUGUAUGUUUUCAUAUCUGAGAUUUGUACCUGAGUUUUUAUAGUUUGAUAUUAAAAGUUCUGUUGAACAAU